AUGGCGCCUAACUUCUUCGCCCUUCCUCUUGAGAUCCGGUUGGAGAUCUAUGGACUAGUGUUUGGCAGGGGGAAGGCGGUGGUGAAGGUGAAGAAUGGGGACACCAGUUCUUGCAUGUUGCCUCAUAACAGCACUUUCCAGAUACAUGCUCAGAGAUCGUCUCAAUUUCUGCGGGUCAAUAAAUCGGUAUUGAUUGAAGCACGACCGGUUCUUUAUGCCAACACGACCUUCCAUGUCCUGAACCAUGUUUUUGCCGGAAAGCUGCCGACCACGAUAACGAAUGGUCACCCAUGCGCGCUCUUCAUUAAACAGUUGAUCUGGGAAGUGGAUUGCGACCUGCUGAAACAUUUCUAUCCUGAAGAUCUUCGACUGGACCCGGAAGAUACGACUCAGUGGAGCAGUCUUGAAUUGCGGUGUCGGGCGGACACAUGGCGAAACUCAUUUCUCGGCGAAUGGUGUGAUCGCGAGUCUUUCGUCAACGGACGGGAGCAAGUACUUGCCUAUGCUCGAGUGUUCCAGGAUGCUAUGAGCACCCAUACUGCAAGCAAAGUCCAUCUGGUAGAGGAUCGGAGCCAGCUUGGCCGCGGGCGAGUAAUUCUGAGAUUGAGCAGACAUAAGCCGAGACUGUCACAGGAGGUACUCUUCACACCCGUCGACACGAUCCUCAUCUUCCGAUAUGCUGACCUUUUCCAGGAAAACAUCAUUGGCUGA